AUGGGCGAAACAGGGAAGGGACUCAAUUCCGCGUCGGACGACGCGUUCCUCAACAAGUCCAAUGACAGCCACCCCACUCAUACCGGUGUAGCUCCCUCGGCCAACCCGAGCGUAUCCAUGGCAACCGGCAACCGAACCUACCAACGCGUGCACUCGCCACUGUCCACCUCACCGUCCAAGGAAGUCCCACAGAAUGUCCCAGGUGCAGAGAAACCGUAUAUGGAAACAUUUGAGGGCUCGGGUGUGGAGGAUACACCCCAUAGUCCACUCACUUGGAGUCUGAGCAUGGUCACCAAUGAUGCUCCAGGCAAGUCCCUGUUAUGUGUCUGUGGAAUGCAUGUGGGUAGUUAUAGAUGUGUGUUGGAUGUAUGGGAGUUUCCAGGUGGUUGCAAAUAUGGCUUGUCUCUGACCACCUUCUGGAGACAAUUAUCGAAAGUAUUUGUCCUGGUACGUUGGUUUGUUUGUAGUGUCUUGCAUUCGUACUGUGGUAAUGCCCUUGUCUCCGACUACCUUCUGGAGACCAGUAUCGAAAGUAUUUAUCCUGCUAUGUUGGUUUGUUUGUAG